CCAUUCGUACAUACGCACACACAAUACAUAUAUAUGCACGUUUCGCCCGUAUAUAAACGAAUCGCUGACAAUAAGUUUCCGCGGGAAAAUAUGCCACGCGGACCGCCGGUAUCUAUUUUUCUCGACGAUUUCUUUUUUCAUUUCGUUUCUUUUUUUCCCUCCGUUUUUGAUUGAAUGUCGUUCGUUCGUGAUUUGGGUACCUUUCGGGCGCCUCAAGCCUUUCCAGCCGCCGCCGCCGACACUCCUCCGGGCUAAACGACGACGUGUCGAACGUGAAACGGUUUUGUAAUCGUCACUCCUCGCCCCGCCACCGCCGACGCCACACGUCCAAUAUUUUCGUAUUACGUCCACGACUGCACGACCCGCGUAUUAUAUUAUAAUAAAUACACACGUCGGCCUACUAACCAAAUAUUAUUUCACUAUAUACAGGGCGACGAUGAUUAUCGUCUUGACGCGCGAAACUCGACGUCGUGGUGGUCGUCGGUUUCGAAAAAUAAAAACAAUUCAUUAGGUAUAAUAUUAUUAUGCUUUGACGUUUUUUUUUUUUAUUUAUUUUAAGUAACAGUAUUUUAUUGUAUUUUUCGAACAGCAGACUGCACCUGACUUCGAUGAUUACCAAUCAGGUCAUCCUAGCUAUACCGUAUAGCAAAAUAUUAAUAUUUCUCAAAGUUGCGAUUCCCUCGAUUGAAUGUCUACCCUGUUCGAGUACGCUAUAUUCUGUGGUUUGUUGUUUUCAACCACUCUCUCUAUACACACUCGUGGAAUACUAUAAGUAUUUGACGGUAUACUGAGGUAUUAUAUCUUAUUAUAUUAUACGUAAAGGCGCAAUUAUUCAAUAAAGUAUUAUUGCCUAUUAGUUUUAUUUCGUGUGUCCGCACAAUAAUACUUUAAGGACUAAUAAUGUAUUACUGUUGUGAGUCGCCGUACAGACAGAACGAUAUAAUUUGAAAAAAAAAUUACUUAUCGACAAACCUAUAUCCCAUUUCCUCUGGUGAUAAUAUAUCAAAUAUUAUGAUAUUUAAAUAUGAAUAAUGUCGGAGCCGGUAACCAAUAUAGUCACCUCCUACCAUACCACCAUCGGUCGACACACCACAUUCAUACACGCACAACACAAUCUCGUCUAUAUUUUGUGUUAUUUUAUUUUUGUAUCGUUUGCGUCGUAUGUGAGUUAUAUAAUAUUAUAAUAUGUAGAUUGCACAGCGGGUUAUCGCAAGCCGCCAACGCCGGUUGCGCGAAUAAUAUGAAUUUAACACGUCCUCCGUGAAUUUGUCCUGUACCGUACGUCGUUUCGUGAACACCGAUUUGUGGCAUUUUUAUAUAUUUUUUUUUGCUCAAAUAGUAAAGGUGUUUUUGUAAUAUUUUUUUUUUGACGUAACGGCUCGAUCCCAUAAUAUGCGUGUUUAUAUACUUGUAAUUAUUUAUCAUUCUGAGCCAUAAGGGCAAUAAUAUUAUAAUAAGGAAACUGUUCUAUUACCUACCACGAUACUGUUGUUAAAGUUAUCAAUAUAUUUUUUCGUGCGAGCAUCGCUGUUUCGUUUCCCAUUGAUUAUAAAUACUUUCAAUGGUAUUACAUAGGCAUAGGCGCAAAUCGUCACCACCUUUUAAAGUAUAAUUUAAUAUUGUAUACUCUGCGCAGCCGCAAAUCACCAAAAAUGUAUUAUUUCCUAUCAUUGUUGGAGCGAAUUGUCACAUUUUUAAUAUUUUAUAAUUAUAUUACGUCCUUAUUUUAUUAUUGUAAAUUGUGCGCAAGUCUGCAACUGAAUAAUAAUUGGUCUUAAGCAAAAGAAACGAGUUCAAAAUUCUAAUGCUGCAUGCCGAUGAGAACUAUGUACGUACUCGCUAGCUAGGAAUACUCGUCGUCGUCUGGGUGAUUUUUAAAUCUAUCGGUAUCUGUGUUGGAAGGUAUGUAUUUAGCUCAUUAGCAAUUCUCAAUUCAAUCAAACGAUACACGUAUAAUAUCUACAUUCUACAUACGAAAAAAUGGCUGUUAACUAUAACAUCAAUGCAGUAAAUGGCGUACUACUCGAGAUUCUCGAAGAAAUAAUUGUCGGUAUUAUGAACGGAAGUUACGAGGACGAAAGCGACGAAAACAUUGUACCAGUCGUUACAUUUCUUCUGUCCGCCAUCGGUAGCGAUACGACUUCGAGUGGCGACGCACUGUCCCCAGGGUCGGAGCACUCGGAGCCCGUAGAUCCCACUACGAUUUCUGAGGAAGCACCGCUAAGCAACACAGUCCGGGAAGAUGAUGAUACCAGCGUUGCUGUAAGAGUCGAUGAGGUAAUUUACCAGCAAUGACGACGGCGAUGGAAACUCGUUCAACGGAACUGGCGGAGAAUUUAGCACGGGUUGAAUGGUAGAGAUAAUGUACCAGGAACACGGACGUUAGGGGCACUGGACCUGCGGAAACUUAACCGUUACUUAACAGACUUCUCUGCGGUGGUCAUUGGCCGAAGACGCGGUCGAAGGUACGACACCGGUGCGAAAAUUACAGAAAGUCUCGACCUCGGUAAUCCCAAAUCCACCGGGUUGCUUGUCCGCGGCCACCGCCGAUUACGCGGCACCAAGUCUCACUUAACCAGCUCAGUGUCUAUAUUGGUCACCGUCAACCAUCAACGCGCACGACAUCACGAACCAGCCGCUGCUCGUCGUUGCCAUCGACCGUCGCUACUGUAUUCGUCUUGGUCUGUCCUCUUAAAAUCUUUUUUAUUUUUUUUUUUAAUAAAAAUAGAAAACUAAUUUAUCUCUA